AUGAGGAUUGUGAUGGUGGGGAAGACCGGAGCUGGGAAAAGCACCACAGGAAACACCAUCCUGGGAAAAGACUACUUCGAAUCAGAUUUCUCUGCUACUUCUUUGACAAAAAAAUGUACAAAGGUCUUUGGUGAACUGGAUGGACAAAAUAUUGCUGUUAUUGACACUCCAGGUCUGUUUGACACUAGAACUGCUGAAGAGAAAAUCAAGGAAGAUAUUGUCAAGAGCAUUGCUUAUGCUUCUCCUGGACCUCACAUCUUCCUGGUCAUUAUCAAACUGGGCAGAUACACAGAGGAAGAAAAGAAGACGGUAAGGGAGAUUGAGCAAAUCUUUGGAAAGGAAGCUAACAAAUACAGCAUGGUUCUCUUCACCCAUGGUGACCAGCUCAAAGGGAAACCUAUUGAGGAGUUUUUGGAAGGCAGCGAAGAGCUGCAGGAACUUGUGACCAAGUGUAACGGCCAGUACCACGUCCUCAAUAAUGUGUCAAAGGAUCGUUCUCAGGUCAGGGAGCUGCUCGACAAGAUCAGAAACAUAACAGAGAAGAACGGAGGAAGUCAUUACACCACUGAAAUGUUCCAGGAGGCAGAGAGGGUGAUAGAAGAGGAGAAACAACGAAUCCUUAAAGAGAACCAAGAGAACAUGAACAAAGAGCUGAAGGAACUGAAGAAGACAAUAGAGGAAAUGAAAAACCUGUUGAAAAAGUACGAAGACGAGGCUAGAAAGAAAGCUGAGAACAGCAGUUCAUUAAUUGGAAACUUGAAUCAGUUUAUUCUACCAAUGUUGACGAUUGCUUUUGCUAUUCUGAGAGCACUUACCGGUGGUGGAGUGUGA